AUGGUGCUGAGCACAGAGUGGUCCCAGGUGGAGAUAAUCGACCUGAUCAACGAUGGCAACGGUCUGGGCUUCAUGCUCGUCGGUGGCCGCAGUACAGGUGUAGUGAUCAAAGCACUCAUCCCAGGCUCAGUGGCGGAGCGAGACGGUCGACUGCAGAGUGGCGAUCACGUCCUGCAGAUAGGUGACGUCAACCUGCGAGGCUUCAGCUCGGAACAGGUGGCAACCGUGCUGCGACAGUCGGGGCAGCAGGUCCGCCUGAUCGUGGCACGGCCCGUCGAACCCACCUCUCCCGAUUACCAGGCGCUCGCCAGCCAUGCACCGAUCAUCCCGACCAAAAUGCUCACCGAUCCUGACGAGCUCGACCGGACUCUGCUGCAGACGGCAGGAUACACCUCGGGUGCCUUUCUGCAGCCGACCGUUGGAGGAGGUGGUGGCACCACGCUCGGUCUGCUGGCUGCGGCUGCUGCGGCGGCUAGUGGUGACGGUGGAGGUGGUCUUUGUCCGACUCAUAUCGAGGUGGUUGCUGUCAACAACAGCUUGCACAGCAACAACGGCAUUGGUGGCUCGAUGGAGUCUACCAACGGUGGCACGGUGGCGCUCAUCUCACCGACCUCCAUCACGCUUCCGUCCCUGCCGCCUUACCAGCUGGUCGAUGGAGUUGUUGGUGGCAGUGAGCUCGCCACUGAGCCUCCUGGAACACCUCAGUCACCGUUCGGUGGUGAGCUGGAUCGCGUGCCACCUGACACACCGGAGACAGAGACCUACGAGGUGGAGCUGCGCAAGAACGUGUACGGGCUCGGCAUCACGGUGGCAGGAUACGUGUGCGAAGAGGAGGACCUGUCCGGGAUCUUCGUGAAGAGCAUCAUCGAAGGCAGUGCGGCCGAGAUGAGUGGCAAGAUAGCGAUCAACGAUCGGAUAGUAGCUGUUGACAGUCGCUCUUUGGCAGGUGUCACCAACCAUCAGGCGGUGGAGCUAUUGCGCAACACCGACAUUGCGGUUCGUCUCACGCUGGAGCGGUUCCUGAGAGGACGCAAGUACGAACACCUGCAGGUAGCGCUCAUAGACCCGAUGGUGCCGCCGGUCGCAGGUGUUGGGGGUGGUGCCGGCUCCACCAUCGGAUCAGCUUCCUGUGCCCGUUCCAACGGACCCACACACCCGUACUCGGCCCAUGGAGGCGUCGCAGGUGAUCUCACCGGCGGCAUGGUAACGUCACACUCGCAGACUCUGUCACAGUGCGCAUCGCAGUGUCAUUCACAGCGUUGCUCGAUCGUGCAGUCACCCUCAGCGACGACUCUAUCCAUCUGUCCCGCUCGAUCGGAUGCGGACUCCAUCCUGACAGAGUGUGGUGUAUUCGAGUGCGGCGGGAUCGAGCCUGAGCUCGAGUCGGGCACGACGUUCGAUUCGAGUGUGUUUGCGCUCGAAAAUGGUGCCGAGGUGGUAUCCUGCGACGAGCUGCCGGAUGUGACGGAGCCUGACGCGUCCCCACUCGUCAACGGGACUGUUGUGGGGGCGGCGGUGGCCGAAACGAGGGGAGAGGCCACCGACAGUGACGGCUGUGAUACGGGAACCGGCUCGGCUCCCGGAGAUCCAGUGGUGCUGCGGUGGUCUCGCGAGGUUCCCAACAGCCAGAUCGUGGUCGCCGACAUCCGGAAGCUGGCCGGGUUGGGCAUCAGCCUCGAGGGCACGGUGGAGGUGGAGGGCGGAGUGGAAGUCCGCCCACACCACUACAUCCGAUCGAUCCUCGAGGAUGGGCCGGUUGGACGGGACGGGUCGCUCAAACCGGGCGACGAACUACUGCAGGUGAACGAACAUCGACUGCAGGGUCUGAAGCACAUCGAGGUGGUGAAGAUAUUGAAGGAGUUGCCGGCGCAGGUGCGUGUUAUUUGCGCUCGUGGCAGCUCACCCCCCACUGUGAUCAACACGUCGCGCAACGCAGAGGCUUUCGAGGCGCGCAGCCUGCUCGCAGGCGGACUCCAAAGUCUACAAAGUCUGCAAGGCAUCCUGACAAAGGCGCAAUCCGAAAGCUCACUCUACACAUCCAGCACGGCCACUCUCACCGACCAGCAGCGCUCGAAGUCUGUCGAGCAGGUGUCCGGAUUGGCGCUCUGGACGAACGAGGUGUUGUACUGCGACAUCGAGAAGACGGAGCGUGGUUUUGGGUUCUCCAUACUCGACUACCAGGACCCGCUCGACACCGAUGGAACCGUGAUCGUCGUACGUGGACUCAUCCCUGGCGGGUCGGCUGAGACCACCAACUUCAUCUUUCCCGGCGAUCGGCUCGUCUCGGUGAAUGGGCACAGUCUGCAGAGUGCCACGCUUGACCAGGCCGUCAGUGUUCUGAAAGGCAUCCCACUAGGACCUGCCCGGAUCGGGCUCUGUAGACCACUCUCAACCUCCGACAACAAUCUCUCGUCCACGCCCGAAACACCCACCACUUAG